AUGGAGCUGUCAGCUCUCGUCGGUACGGUGUUGGCUGUCGUGGUAAUCGGCUGCUACCUCCUCGAGUCGUACUUCUUCCUCGCCCAUGACCCACGGGAACCUGCGUACAUCCGGCCCAAGGUGCCGCUCAUCGGACAUCUCCUCGCCAUCGACAUGUACGGCGCCGGGAAAUACUUUGCAAAAGUCGGAGCUCAAGCCAAGAGCAACAUCUUUUCCUUGCCCAUCUUCAACUUCAAUUUCUACGUCAUCCAAGACCGCACGCUCUUCUCCGCCAUCCAGCGCAAUGCCAAAUCCCUCUCAUUCGUGCCCUUCGCCAUCAGGGCCAUCCGGAACUUCAGCGGCAGCGGCGAGGAGACCUUGCGGCUGAUAGACUACCUUGAGGGCGGGCCCGGGGCUAAGGAGUUCGACCGGGUCCAGCGCGCGGCGCUGGCCGCCGGCCCCGACCUCGACGAGCUGAGCCACGCCGCCACCCAGGUGAAGCUCGACAUGGUCGAAGAGCUGCUGCGCGACGCCGGGCAGUCGACCGACUCGGCCGCCCGGGUCGACCUCUUCGCGUGGGUGAGGCACGCCGUCGUCAUAUCGACGACGGAGGCCAUGUUCGGGCCUCUGAACCCGUUCAAGAACCCCGAACACGAAGCCGACUUUUGGACAUUCAGCAGCAAGGCACACGUGCUCCUCAGCGGCGGUUUCGUCGCCGACCUCGUCGCCAACCUCGUUGCCAAGGACACGAUGCAGGCGCGUGAUCGCAACGGGCAGAGAUACGAGGAAUACGUCAGCCUCGGGGGCCUCGAGAAGGCGUCGGGCCUGAUCAGGGGCCGGUCGCGCGUGAUGGCGGAGAACGGGGUGCCGGAACGCGAUAUCGCCCGCAGCAACAUCGGCUUCGACAUUGCCAUGCUUGCCAACUACGUGCCCACGACGUGGUGGGCCGUCUUCGAGAUCUUCUCCCGGCCCUGGCUCAUCGAGGCGAUCCGGGAGGAGGUCAGCGGGGCCGUCAGGCGGCAGGACGACGACAACGGCAGCGGCGGCUUCGUGCUCGACUUGUCCGUCCUCCGGUCGUCGUCGCCGCUGCUCCUGUCGUCGAUCCAGGAGGCGCAGCGGCUGCACGGCAUCCACGCGCACAUCCGCGAGGUCAUCCGCGAUACGACGAUCACGGUGGGCGACCAGCGGCCGCAGCUGCUGAGGAAGGGCAACUACGUGCAGAUGAACAGCAUCCCGGUGCUCCGCAGCGAGGAGACGUGGGGCGGCGACGUGGCGUCGUUCGACGCGUACCGCUUCAUCAAGAUGAAGAGGCGGCCCGAGGCGCCGGGGGUCGCGACGCCGGGCGACCUGCCGCCGCACUCGUUCCCGGUCUGGGGCGUGGCGCCGCACGUGUGCCCUGCGCGGUGGUUCGCGACGGGCGGGACGAUGGCCCUCAUCGCGAUGAUGGCGCUCAAGCUCGAUAUCGAGGCUGCGCCGGACGCCCGGGGCGAGGGUUCCGCGGGGCGGCAGUGGAAGAUGCCCGCGGUCGAGGGUGUCUUUGUCGCGCUGCAGUCGCCCGCGGAGCCGGUUCCGGUCGUGGUGCGGCCGAGGAAGGGGUUCGAGGGCAAGUGGACGGUCGAGACGGGGACUCCCGGCACCAGGCUGCAGCUAUCGGUGGGCUGA